AUGGGGACCUUCACGACCGUCGCACUUGUGGUGCUCUUCAUCUCCUUCAUGACAUUUGUAGCCUUCUUUGGCCGUCUCCCAGCGCUCAGGCGCACCCCCAUAGCAUGGCUCCACCGGUUCCUGUGGGCCACACUGCCAAACUCGCUCCUGGCCCUGGACCGGAAGAUCACCUCCGGGCGUCUGUCGUCUUCCAUGCGCCGUUUUGGUAACUAUAUGAUGUACGACAGACAUCCGACUGUCUUGAUAUUCUUCAUAUCGCUUCUCGUCGGCGGUGAAUACAUGUACCUGCCCACCGUCUGGCCACAGCUUGGGUCUCUCCAGAAGGCCGUCGCUGUGCCGGCCAUCGCUUGUCCAUACAUAUUCCUCUACCUCUCCGCAGCAUCGGACCCGGGCUACAUCACACCCGAGAACCACGUCGAGCAGAUGGCUCACUAUCCCUACGACUUCACUCUCUUCCACCCCGGUGCACACUGCCGCACAUGCCGGCUCCUGAAACCCGCAAGGUCAAAGCACUGCACUGUUUGCAAGCACUGCAUCGCAAAGGCGGACCAUCACUGCAUUUUCAUCAACGGCUGCGUUGGCGAGGGCAACCUGCACUGGUUCAUCCUUCUCCUAUUCAGCACUGCAUUUUUGACAGCCUAUGGCUCAUACAUCGGCCUGUCCCUGCUCAGCGCCAAGAUGAAGGCGCGUUCCCCAGACUUCUCCAUCUGGCCGCCCUCAGCCAAGGGCUGUACCUGGACCGCAUACUUUAUUGUCUGGACCUGGGGUCUGCAGGACAACGUCGGAAUGGGGAGCGUGACCAUGUUGACGGCGCUUACGUCCCCGCUCGUGUGGGGCCUCUUCUUGUACAAUCUGUACAUGGUCUACGCAGGCACCACGACCAACGAGUCCAUGAAGUGGUCCGACUGGAAGCUCGAGAUUGACGAGGGCUUCGCCUUCAAGCGGCGCAUGAGCCUGGCGCGUCAAAAGGACCUCCGCAACGAGCCUGCGUGGACUAGGUGGCCGCACGAGGCCGAGCAGAUCCUGAUCCGGACCGAGAGCGGGAACCCGCCCAGGGCGGACAGCACCAACAUCCCCGGCGUCGGCGAGUGGGAACGGCCCAAGAGUCUGCGGGAGGUGGAUAACCUGUACGAUUUGGGUUUCUGGGAGAACCUUCGCGAGGUGUUCUGGCCCAGAUACCGUUUUUCGGGUGGCGGCAUACCUGUCAGCGAGCGAGUUGGGCGGAAUGGGCUCAAAAGGAUGAAUUCGUAG